UCUGCACCUUCUUCUCUGAAUGACGCGUUUUCCGUGCUGCCUACAGUGUUGAACUCACUUCGUUCAGUUUGUCGUGUCUCUUCGUAGAGAGAAGUUGUCUUAUUAUUACGUUCACGAGCGUGCGCACAUUCUUGCGUUAAACAACCCUCUCUGAGAUCUAUAAUUUUUUUCAUUUUUCUCUCUCUGUCUCUUUCUCUAUUUAUCUAUCUUUGUCUCCGUCUCUCUCACACGUGUGCGUGUCAAUAAAAAAAAAAAGAAAGAAAAGAAAAGAGAAGAAGAGAAAAAAAGAGAGAAAAAUUUUUUUUCAGUAAAAAACAAAAUUGUUUCAAAAAGAUCACACCGAGAGUGUUACGAUAUUUUAUUAAAAAGGAAUAAAGUUGUGUGAAAAUUGAAAGUUUUAAGAAGAGGGAGAAGGUGUCGUCCAUUGUUUUUCCGCGAAAAUUCGAAAAGGGGCGAGACGUACUUUCUUACGUUUGGAUCGAUUUCGAACGGACUUUGGAUAAGUCUUUCGUGGACGAAGAAAUCGAGGAAGCGUGCAUGCUGAAACGAUCGACAUUCGAGGUAUCCGAGCACGGCUGGAAGGUCCUUAUGGUAGGAGAAAGGCGUGGCAGAUCUAUUCCGGGCGAGAUCCAAGGGCUAAAAGGUUGGCCCCGUCGUUGGAUCCACUCGGGCAAUAGUUAUAUUUAAAAGCCGUGAAAAUGGCCGAUCGGAGAAAUACAAAGUACGUAGAAGACUGUGAUAAUGAUAUUAACAGGCUUCCGAUGUCCUUGGGAAAUUCGGAGAUCAAUAUAGAUAACGAUGGUUGCAAUAGUAACAACAAUAAUAACAACAUUAACGAUAAUAAUGAUCGAACGGUUAUGGUAUACCCAGAGAAGGAUUUGAUCGAUAGUCGAUUAUCUUCGAACGAUAUUAAAAAUUUAUAUCCGAGGAGAAGAGCACCGAUCGUUGGUUGGCAUAAUGGAAGUCCAACAAUAUUCCCAAGUUCUCCUUGCAGAACUCCUGAACCUGAUUUUUUUAAUAGAAUCGAUUUCGACGGUCAAAUCAGCGAUACUUCGUCGUCCAAAAGUUCAGGUAUCUGUCAGGAUUCAGGUAACACUGAGGAUUUGAGUAGUUUAGCCGAUGAAAGAUUACUCGAAUCAACCCCAGCUCGUACGAUAGAUAGAAGUAUAGAAUCUUUAUCACCGGAUAAGGACACCCUCCUGACGAUGUCACCUGAUAAUUUCGGCAGAAACCGAGUACUGAGUUUGGAAGAUGAAUUAGGAGAUAAGUUUGAUUUCCUGAGUCCUGACACAGAUGGUACGGAGGAUAAUAGAAUGUUCUCAACCACACCAGCGGAACAUCGUUUGAUGUUUCCAAAUUCAACGAUAGAAUCAAGAAAGAGUCCUUCGACAAAAAAUCCAAAUAACGACGAUUCGAUAACACCAAUUAUUAUAGCCAACCCUGGAUAUCAAGGAGAUAUAAAGGACAUCAGCGAUUUUGACAGCGCCGUUGAUUUGGAGAAUGAUCUCGAUUCUACGAUCGCAGAUAAGGAAGUUAGCAAAAAGCCACGUAUACCGGACGGUGGUUGGGGAUGGGUAGUCGUUUUAGCCUCUCUGGUAAUCUCCAUGAUAGCCGAUGGAGUAUCCUUCAGUUUCGGUUUGCUUUACAUCGAGUUUCUUAAAGAAUUUGGAGCUAGCAAGGCGAAAACAGCUUGGAUUGGUUCUCUGUUUAUGGCUGUACCAUUGUUAUCUGGUCCUGUCAUGUCUGCUUUAGUGGAUCGUUACGGUUGUAGGAAGAUGACGAUCGCCGGAGGCCUUAUUUCGGGAUUUGGCUUUGUUCUGAGCUGCUUCAGUAACACCAUCGAGGUAAUGUACUUGACCUUUGGCGUCAUUGCGGGUUUGGGCUUAGGUUUGUGCUACGUCACUGCGGUCGUGAGCAUCGCUUAUUGGUUCGACAAGAAGCGUACCUUAGCUGUAGGUCUUGGGGCAUGUGGUACCGGUAUAGGUACCUUCGUUUACGCACCGAUGACAACUUUCUUCAUCGAGGAAUAUGGUUGGCGUGGUACUUGUCUGAUGCUGGCUGGUACAUUCUUUAACAUGAUCGUUUGCGGUGCAGUCAUGCGUGAUCCGGAAUGGUGGAUUUUGGAACAAAAAAAGCAGGCAUUGUCUUCUCCGAAAAAGUCGAACACCAUCAAAUCCGAGGUCGAUGGUUCGUCCCAUGCCUUUUCCGAUGAAUUUCCAGGUGUCGAAGAAAUCCGACAGAUGUUGAAAAGUGGCAAAACGGAAUACCUACUUCAAAGUCUCGGUACUAGUACAGCAACACCUAAUCGAGCUGCCACGCGUGGUUCGACUUUCAGAAGCGUCGUCAAUUUACCUACUUUCGUCAAGGAGUGCGAGAAGGUGCCUUUGGAAGUUUUACAAUCACUCUCCGCUAACUCAAGACUUUACAAUGUCAUUCUAGAAAAUUAUCCGAAUCUUUUGAAGUGUCGAAGUCUCUCGGAUAAACUAGCGGAUGAUUCUAUGGGAGAUGAUUACAAGAAAGCUGGCGUCACUAUGUCUAUGAGGGUCAAGAAGGCUGACGAAAAUAAGAAUAUCCAUCCGGAAUAUCAGGAGACGAAUGAGAACAGUAAUGGCGAUAAGAAAAUUUUAAUGGACGUCGAUGAAGCCAGUUACUUCAUAAAGAAGGACGUCGUAAUACCAAUGACUGAUACCGAAAAGGUAAAAUCAAGGCAUCACAUACCCGGUUUAACGGAUGGAGUCGUCAGAACGGAUUCGUUGCCUUGGUUGAGAAGGCAAUUCAGCACAAAUACACAUUACUUCAAAGAUAUUAGGGUUCAUAGAAAUUCGGUCAUGUAUCGUGGUGCAGCAUUAAAUCUUCAGAAAUAUAGAUUAAGAGCCAGCAGCUGCCCAAACAUUUAUAGAAAUAGUAUGACUACGUUGGCGAAGGAAAGCGAAGAGAAAUGGUAUAGCGAAUUAGUGAAUCUGUUGAAAGGUAUGAUGGACUUUUCGAUGUUCCUGGAGUUUCAUUUCCUGUUGAUGUCGCUCUCGACAAUAUUAUUGUUCACUUGGUUUAUCGUGCCUUACUUCUACCUCGCCGAACAUCUCACUAGGAAUGGUUAUUCCGAGUCUGAUGGUGCUAAUCUCCUUAGCAUUAUUGGUAUAACGAAUACAAUUGGAAUGAUCGGUCUUGGAUGGGCUGGUGAUCAGCCCUGGAUGAACGUCAGCAAAACAUAUGCUUGUUGUUUGGCUGUUUGUGGCGUAUCUACGAUUCUGAUGUCUACGUUCACUGUAUAUUACAUCCCAUUGAUCAUCACAUCUGCAUCUUUUGGACUCUUCUUCGCCAGUAGUUUUAGCUUCACGCCGGUUAUUCUGGUUGAAUUGAUACCCUUGGAAAGAUUCACCACUGCUUAUGGUCUAACUUUGCUCUGUCAGGGUAUUGGUAAUCUUUUAGGGCCACCGCUGGCCGGUUGGUUAUUCGAUAUAACGGAUUCUUGGGAAAUGUCUUUUACGAUGGCUGGUUUAUGGAUCAUUGUUGCUGGACUCUUGAUAGGUAUUAUACCUUUUACAAAAAAUCGAAAGAUUUGGGGUAGCGGCCUGAUCGAGAUGGAACGGUUAACUUUGACACAAAACCAAGCGUAGUUGAAUUCUUUUUUCAUGGAUGCCUGAUAGAUAAAUUAGAAGCGUGAUAUAGCUAUCAAUUAAUUGUUCUGUUUUAAUUAAUAGAAAAGUGAGGAUCAAAUUCAAAAAUAAUUUAUAAUAUUAAUUAAUUCCUUUUCUCAGUACAAGUUUUUUUUUUCUGUAUCGUUAUUUGGUGUAUAUCGUUUCGUUGAAACAAUCAAAACUUCAGCCAAUUAUGGGAUAAAUUUAAAUCGUACUAUCUUUUUACACAUUUUACACCUAUCGUGCCAGGACGUACAGUCCCUGUUUCUAGUCCUAGAGUAAUAAUAGCAAACAUCACGAACGACUCUUUAUUGAUAAUCAUUUUCGAAUAUUACGUGAUUAAUUCGUUUAUUAUUUUAUUUAACAUUAUUGUGAUUCAAAUACGUUCAUAUUAUAGAUUUUCUAUAAUUAUAUAUUUAUGUGCGUUGAGCGAAUGAAAAUUGACGUCACUUCAUACUUGGUCGAUAAUUGAACUUGCUAACGCUAUCCGUCAGUAUGAAACAUUUUUUAAGCCCCUUCGAUAUGCAACGUAGUUUCUUUUUACGUACGCAUGCGUUGCCUAUCAUAAAGGGUCGAACAAAGAUUCUUACUAAUAGAUGGCACUCGUAAGCGGUUAUCGAUCAUGUAUGAAGCAUUACAUAUUUACAGGCGACUUAUUAUUUGCAUAAAUAAUUGUAAACCAAUACGAAUGAUUUUUUCUUUUUUCUUCUUUUCGUUUUCAUCAUUUCGGUUAAUUUCGAGGAUAUUCUGUCCUAACAUUUUUCGCAAUGCCGAAAACAAGAAAUUCCCUAUAGUCGUGCCUAAUAAAAGAUGUGCCUUCGAUGUACUUAGGAGCAGAAUUUUGCAGGGGCUUCCGAGCAUCGAAGCUAUCGGUGAAUAGUCGUGCGAACAAAAAUUUCAUUAUUUAAGUAUGUGUAUCUUAUAAACGUAUAUACAACGAAAUUCGUAAUACACUUACGAUUCAAGAAAUAAUUGUAUGCUGACAUGCGUGUUCUUUAUCUUUAUAUAAUGCAUGUUCUAACUAUAUAUCACAAAUUUUUUCAAAAUAAUGACUUUCAAAAAGACGAAGGAAAUAUCCAUUGGAAAUAUUUCAUGAAAUUGCAUUAACGGUCAAUUGAUCUCUGUGAUUAGUUCUAAAAUGAUUAUUUUAUUCAAUUUAAUUAGAAAUAAUACAGUUAAAAUGUAAAGAACAAUUUGUAUUCUAAACUGAUUAAAGCUGAUUUCGCGAUUAACGAGA